AUGCUCCACGACUGGCGAGGAUUCUUUUGCUGGAACAGCGAAUUACAUGUACCUGUUCCACUUGUGCCUCCCCAGUUGUCUUCAGUAUCUAGACAAGUCGAAAUAUCCGAGGUCCUCCAAGUAACUCAUUCUAAAGACCCACAAUCUGACCCUGGUCUUCUGGGCUUGGGCUAUAUACGACUACAACAUGCAAUGAUGAGCCCUGUCACAAAUCCACCUACAGGCGCCUACUCAAAUAGUUCCGCGAACUUGGCUGCACUCAACUUCAGCCCAGACCCUCUCCUUGCUCAGACCAGCUUCCCCCCCACAAAACAAUGCAACCCCAUAUACAGAGUGGUCAACGGGAUAUUGGAUGAAAGGGCAAGUCUCUUGGAGGUCGGGAGUCAAUUGGCUGCACUUUCGAAUGCCUACUGCCUGCUCAUCACCCUUGCAAGGGUAUUGAUUCACCAGGGCCCUCUAUCUGCUAUCAUUGGUAUGAAGGAAUGA